AUGACUGAGCUCGUCCGGCCCGAGGGUGAGUCCGCCUCGCAAGAUGACUUCACCGAUCGCAGCAUCCUCACGCGCAUGCAGCGCUUCCGCACCAACCCAUUCACCUUCGCACAUGAGAUAUCACUGUUUGUCCGAGGCGUGGGAUGGCGAGCCUAUGACAAUCCAAUCGGACAGCCAGUUUUCUACCCGGGCUACACAGCCAAUGUCAAGAACGCGGUCAUGGCGUCUCCUCUCUUGCGGCAGAAGAUCGUCGAGCUGACCGAGGAGCGCUUGAAAGUUGAAGAGAAGGAACAUCUCCUGGAUACCACCAGCCCGAUGUAUCUGCCCGAGAGAGAGAAGCGAAGGCAUGAAAUCACGUCACAACUGAUGGAGAUCACCGCUGACAUGCUGGAUAAAAUGGUUUGCAAGAUGGAAAGCAAGAUGUACAUUCGGGCAGCUUUCUACGGGACCACGCAGUUGCUCACCAGAGCAUACAGUGCGAUCCAUGUCUCUGAAGCCGAGGUCAGAAGACUCCGUGAAGUUGCAACACUGGCGGCCAAAAAGAAACAAUCCAUCAUAUUUCUACCCCGGCAUACGAGCCAUGUUGACUAUGUCACCUUACACCUUGUGUGCUACCGCCUGGGCCUGACCCUUCCGGUUGUCGUCGCUGGCGACAACCUGAAUUUCCCACUCGUCGGCAGCUUCUUACAAAACACUGGGGCCAUGUGGAUAAGGCGAAGCUUUGGGAAUGAUCAGCUUUAUACGACACUCGUACAGUCCUAUCUGGACACCCUCCUCCAACAGGGACUCAACCUGGAGUGUUUUAUUGAAGGCACAAGAAGUCGCACUGGCAAAUUACUAGGACCUCGCUUUGGCUUCCUCAGAUUCCUCCUCGACUCGGUUAUUUCAGGCCGAACGGAAGACGCGUAUGUUUGCCCGGUAUCCUUGCAGUACGACAAAGUGAUUGAGGUUGAUUCAUACGUCAAUGAACUCUUGGGAACCCCCAAACGGAAGGAGAAUCUUGCCGACUUCAUCUCGGCGUCCUCUGUUCUGUCGCUCAACCUGGGUCGAAUCGACUGCAGAUUCCACGAGCCUUGGAGCUUGAAAGACUUUAUCAAGGAGCAGCAAGCUCGUCAGACCCCGGCCGCCAUCGCUGAAGCAGCUUCCUCAAGUUCCAACAGUAGACUUCGGCUGCUACGAACCCUCGGAUACAGAGUCCUCUCUGACAUUAAUGCAGCUUCGGUGAUCAUGCCCACAGCCCUCGUUGGGACUGUCCUAUUGACGAUACGUGGCCGCGGGGUUGGCAAGUCCGAGCUGGUUCGUCGAGUUGACUGGCUCUGCAAACGUAUAAGGGCAAAUGGUGGCAAAGUGGCAGAUUUCAGAGGCAUGCCCACCUCUUAUGUUGUCGAAAGGGCGCUGGAUGUUCUUGGGCCGAAGCUUGUCGGUACAGUUGAUGGCCUUGCAGAGGAGACCUAUUACGCCGUUGACCGCUUUCAGCUGUCAUUCUACAGAAAUAUGACAAUCCACCUCUUCAUCUCAGAAGCGCUGAUUGCGACGGCCUUGUACACCAAGGUGAAACAGGGAGGUGGGAGCGCGAAUCAACGUAUGCCUGAAGCCGAGUUGACAGAUAAAGUUACCUUCUUAUCGCAACUGUUUCGAGGAGAGUUCAUCUUCCCUGCGGGUCAAGGUCUGCGACACAACCUGGAACAGGCGAUGCAGGGGUUGGUGCGAGAUGAUGUCCUCAGGGUUACGGAAGACUCUGAAAGAAUGGUCGGUCUCUCUGAUGCCGAACGGAAGUCAGGCAGAGAGAAUUACGACUUGUAUUGUUUCCUCAUCUGGCCGUUUGUGGAUGCUGCAUGGCUCGGCGCUGUCUCUUUACUGGCAUUGGUACCUCCAGCCUCGUCUGCAGGCUGGGUUGACAUGCAAAAGGCUCAAAAUAUGGCCCAGCUUGCUGGUCGCACGCUGUAUCACCAGGGCGAUUUGUCUUACUUUGAAGCAGUCAACAAAGAAGCCCUCAAAAACGCCUACAAUCGGUUCCAAGAAGAAGGUAUUAUUGAUGUCGCGAAAGGUACAGAGUCAAAGGCAAAAGUCACCGUGCGGCUCGCUCCUGAUUGGGCACCUCAAAGAGAUCCAAACACUGGGGAACUGAGUCCAUCCGGUCGCUUAUGGGACUUUAUUGAGAAGAUUGCACAAUAUCGUCGAGAAGGGAAAAACAGGCGCGACGGGGCCGCCGUCUCAACCCGUGUGCUUUCACUGGCGGCGAGACUCAACCAACAAAUCUUUGCAGACGAGGCCGUACCCACGCCACACGCUGAUCAGACAACCGUCAUGGAACGCAGGAGACCUUCCAAAUUGUGA